GUUGAGGUUGAGUCCAGGAGUUGAUGUGGUAGAGAACAGAAUGGGUUUUCAGGUGGUUUAGUUGGUUGAUGAUUAAGUGGUGAUUUCUGUACCUAAAAAGGAUUUUUUGCUGUAAUAGAUUGAAUUGCAUUUGAAGAUCAAUCAAGAAUAACAAAAUGGUACAAGUCACAAAUCGACCCGAGGACGAACAGCAACCUAUGCUGCCUGGAAAUUCCUGCCAAGACUUACCGAACGAUCUCAAAAGUACCCAAACCAUCUCUAUCACUGACGAAGCUUACAGAGUUGUAGCAAGCGCUAUGAUGGCCGAUCCACUAAACCCAACAAACGACGUUAUAGCUCUAAGUCUCCUGGAGACGGCUCUGAUGAACCGAAACGUUCCAUUGGCCAAACAUUACAUCUCCAGCCUACAGAGGCAAAUUAAGCAAGAUAAUGCCCUCAAAAUUUUAGUGACCAUAAGUAGAUGGCUUUAUAUGCCCGAAGCUGAUCAACAGUUCAAUUUUGAACCUUCUGCACCACCCUUGGUUGAUAAUGCUGACGAGAGAAAUGAUAAUUGGAUGAAGGAGCCUUUACAAAGACUCCGUGAUGAUAUUCUGCUAGAAAUCGAUAAGCAGGGGGAUUAUUUUUUGAAGCAAAAGGAAAUUGAAGAUUUGCAUUAUCAAGAUCUGCUUGGCAUUACCACAAGGGAUACCCUUCAGCUUUCUAAUGAGAUGAUUGCAUAUUGUGCCAUUAUGCGGUGGGCUGUUAAAGAAUGCCAACGAAAAGCUUUAAGUUUUGAGGAUGUUAAUAUCAAGGCUGUGUUGAAGGAAUUGAUAUAUGCUCCAAGAUAUGGUUUGAUGUCAAAAAGAGAAUUCCGAACUCGUACAGUCGAAAGUCACAGAGGUCCAGACAGAAUAGGUUUGCCAGGUGAAAUGAACGAAAGGAUCCUAGCUUACAUAACGCAAAGGGAUAAAAAGAAAAAGGACAAAAACGGUGAGGAGCUGCCCUACAAAAUGUCCAGAGAGAGGACGAAAAACAAACCGAAUAAAUCCCAAAAUUCGCAACCGAUGAAAGAAAAAGUGAUAAUAAAUUGUUUGACGUGUUUUAGUGCUGUAUUUGACUAAAAAAGUAACAGAAUUUCUUAAUGUUGGGUAAACAAAUAUCUUAAAUUAAUAUUUAUUGAUGUUGUACCUUCCUACUCUCGAAUAAUUUAAACAAAAUGUUUAGAACAAUUUGAAACUAAAUCAAUUGAAAAAGUUAAUGUAGUAGUUUUAUGUGUGCUCAAAACUAAAACUAACCUAUUGUGAAACUUCUCUCUUAUGACAGGGUAAUUUUAUAUGUGAAAUCCCCUUUGUCCUAUAAAUAACAAUCUAGCUAUUUCUGUGAUGUUUAUUUUGCUUAUAUUUUAUUAUAACUACUCUAGUGAUAAAAAGACCUAUCAAAUAGGUCGCUUCUUUUUAUUUAUAAUUUUUGAGGUAAAACCUCCUUUUAACGAUUGUUAAUUUUAGAAAUUUGUAGUUUUAUGUAGAUUUAAAUGUUAAAAU